AUGAAGGAUGCUGGGGGCGGGGGGUGUGGAAGAAAGGAUGCAGAGGGGGCGGCGGCCCGCUCUCCCCGCGCCUCGUCGGGCAGCGAAGGCGAGGGGCAGAGCGCUGCCCUCCGGCCCCGCGCCGCGCGGAAGAAGAAGCAGGAGGGCACGGCGGAUGGCGAUGCCGAGGCCGAAGGCUGCGCUCGGGUGGUCCCCCGCCACCCGCUGCCCGUGGUGGCCCGCGUCUCCAAGGUGAACAUCCUGCCCUUCGGCAGCCCCGGCGGGUCACGCAGCAGCAGUCGUUAUUCCAGCACCGAGACGCUGAAGGAAGAGGAGCAGUUUGGAGUCUGUUGGCCCAGCCAAGGACGGUCUCUCCAGGCAGGUUACGGUAUCUAUCGAUCGCCCAGUUUCGGGGCCAGCGAUGGCCUGGCGUGGGGACAGCCGGGGGUCCGCGCCCGCCCCAAGCUGCCCCAGAGCGUGGCCAAGGCAAAACCGGACUAUGGGAGCGAGGGCCUGCACCAGCCAGGGCUGGAAGGGGAGCGGGCCAAGCACCGCAAGUCCCUGUCCAACCCCGACAUUGCCACCGAGACCCUGACUCUCCUCAGCUUCCUCAAAUCAGACCUCUCCGAGCUGAAGGUGAAGAAGAAAGGGGUGAGGGUCGGCCUUGACGUGGGCUCCGAUGGAUGCUCCAGCGCUGCCAGCUCCUCCCCGGGCAGCUGCGGUGCCACUCAUCCCCAAAACCGCUGGGCGCCGGGCGAGCGGCCAACGCUCAAGGACCUGACGGCCACUUUGCGUCGCGCUAAGUCCUUCACCUGCUCCGACAAAUCCGGGACUCGGCGGCUUUUCCUACAGAGCACCAUGAAGCAGAGCUCCUCCGAGCUCCUUCUGGCCUCUGCGGACAGCCAGGACCGGGUGGCUCCAGAUGGGAGACAGCGGGGGGACGAGGAUCCUCUGCCCGUGGUCAUCCAGGACCAGUACAUCCAGGAGGCGAGGCAGGUGUUCGAGAAGAUCAGCAGGAUGGGUUCCCAGCAGGACUACGGCUUUGCUGCCGAGCAGAAGGACGGCGGAGGUGUGGAGGGUGCUGAGGUGGUGGCACCGACGGGGACGACGGACGCGACCCUUCGGGGACAGGUGGAGAGCGCGCGGUGUUUGAAGGACGUGGAGUUGGAGGAGAACCUCGCUCACGCGAAAUCCGUGGAGGAGCUGUCGGGUCACGAGUCGAGCGUGACGGACGAGGGCAUCGUCACGGAGCCGGAGCCGGUGGGGAUGCCCUUCCAAGGCCUGCGUGAAGCUGUGGGGGCCUGGAUGCUUGCCGGGCCGGCGGCCGGUGACUCCGAAACGCCGCUGCCCGCUCAGCCGGCGGCUGUUGAAGACCUUCCGGCUGGCAGAGCCGAGACGCCGAGCACCCCUGGCAGCCUGCGGCGCCGACGUAAGUUCCCGUCCGCGGGCGCCAAUGGGAUGGAGGGCGGCAGCGAGGGUGGCACCGAGCCCUACCGCUCCCUCAGCGACCCCAUGCCUCACCGGAGAUGCUCGGUGGCGGAGGAGGCGAAGAAUUUCUCCGUCGACAGCAACCUGCUGGGCUCGCUGAGCGCCAAGGCGGGCAUCCCCCAGCCCGCGGCCAUCGCGGGCAGCGCGGGCAGCGCGGGCAGCGACCUGUCCCUGGGCAGCGAUGGGCCCCGCGACUACAGCUCCCUCAUCCGCACCAUCGUCAGCCAGCCCGGCGCCAUGGCCAAGCUGGGCGACGACAAGGCCAACGGCAAGACCAUCAAGAAGAAGUCGCUGAGUGACCCCAGCCGCCGCGGCGAGCUGGCGCCUGGCGCCUUCGAGGGUCCCGGAGAGGCCAUCAGCGAGCUGGAGCCCAGCAUUCCCCCGUCCAGCAGCGAGCCCAUCCUCUCGGCACGGCCGGCAGCGCCGGGCCCCGGCCGUGGCUAUGGCUUUGACCCCAAGCUGGCCGACGUGCUGUCCCCGCGCGUCGCCCGCCGCAGCUCCAAGAAGCGCUCCAACCGCGCGGCUCACCAGGAGAACCAGCCGCCCCCCGGGGCACCCGCCGCCCCGCCGCCCCGGCUGCCCCGCUGCCCGCGGCUGCCCGACGAACACGGCCCCAGGACCAAGCCGCAGGUGGACAUGAGGAAACACGUCAUCAUGACCCUGCUGGACACCGAGCAGUCCUACGUGGAGUCCCUGCGCACCUUGAUGCAGGGUUACAUGAAGCCGCUGAAGCAGCCGGAGAACUCCCUGCUGUGCGACCCUUCGCUGGUGGACGAGAUCUUCGACCAGAUCCCCGAGCUGCUGGAGCACCACGAGCAGUUCCUGGAGCAGAUCCACGACUGCGUGCAGAACUGGCACGAGAAGCAGAAAGUGGGCGACCUCCUGGUGCAGUCGUUCUCCAAGGAUGUGCUGGUGAACAUCUACUCUGCCUACAUUGAUAACUUCCUCAACGCCAAGGAUGCUGUCAGGAUCGCCAAGGAAGCCCGGCCGGCUUUCAUGAAGUUCCUGGAGCAAAGCAUGCGGGAGAACAAGGAGAAGCAGGCCCUGUCCGACCUGAUGAUCAAGCCGGUGCAGAGGAUCCCGCGAUACGAGCUGCUGGUGAAGGACCUGCUGAAGCACACGCCUGAGGACCACCCCGACCACCCUUUCCUCAUCGACGCCCAACGCAACAUCAAGCAAGUGGCCGAGAGGAUCAACAAGGGCAUGAAGAGCGCAGAGGAGGUGGAGAGGAACGCCAGGAUCGUGCAGGAGAUUGAGUCCCACAUCGAAGGGAUGGAGGACCUCCAGGCCCCGCUCCGCAGGUUCCUGCGCCAGGAGAUGGUCGUGGAAGUGAAGGCGGUGGGUGGGAAGAAGGACCGCUCCUUCUUCCUCUUCACGGACCUGCUGGUGUGCACCACGCUGAAACGCAAGUCGGGCUCGCUCCGCCGCAGCUCCAUGAGCCUGUACACGGCGGCCAGCGUGAUCGACACCGCCAGCAAGUACAAACUGCUCUGGAAGCUGCCCCUGGAGGAUGUGGACAUUGUCAAAGGUGCCUCGCAAGCCACCAACAGGGAGAGCAUCCAGAAAAGCAUCAGCCGCCUGGAUGAAGACCUCAACACCCUGGGGCAAGUCAGCAAGCUGUCAGAGACCCUCAGCUUCCCCCACCAGGGCCUGGAUGACGUGAUCAAGGACCUGAUGGCCGCCAUCCACCGGGAGCUGUCGGAGAAGCAGUCCCUGUCCUUCAGCAUGGCCUUCCCCCCCAACAAGGUGGAGCUCAGCACCACCAAAGCUGACGGCACCGAGUCCUUCAUCUUUGAGUUCCCCAACCCCGACGCCCGGCUCGGCUUCGAGCAAGCCUUCGAGGACGCCAAGAAAAAGCUGGCUUCCAGCAAAAACUGCCUGGACCCGGAGUUCCUCAAAGCCAUCCCCAUCAUGAAGACGCGGAGUGGGAUGCAGUUCUCCUGCGCCUCUCCCAGCCACGGCAGCCCGGAGAGCUCGCACGAGGUCUGGGUGUGCAACAGCGACGGCUACGUGGGGCAGGUGUGCCUGCUGAGCAUCCGCAAGGAGCCCACGGUGGAGGCGUGCAUCGCCGUCUGCUCGGCCAGGAUCCUGUGCAUGGCCUCCGUGCCCGGCCUGCAGCGCGCCGGCAGGGAGCGCGCCGAGCCGCUGGGCAGCCCCUCGGCCGAGCCGGGCCCGCCGCAGCCCGAGGAGGCGGCGCCGCAGCCCUGCCUGCACAUCUCCAUCUCGGGCUCGUCGCUGGAGCUCUCGGAGCCCGUGGAGGGCGGCCACAGGGAGCUGGUGCCCUUCGACAGCGACGACACGGACGACGAGUCCUCGCCCAGUCCCUCCGGGACGCUGCAGAGCCAAGCCAGCCACUCCACCAUCUCCUCCAGCUUCGGCAAUGAAGAGAUCCCGAGCUGCAAGGAGGCAGCAGUGGAGACGACGAGCUCGGAGGAGGAGCAGGAGCCUGGUUUCAUGCCCAUCACGGGCACCUACGGGCAGAACCAGCACGGCGAGAGCCCCACGGACGGGCGGGCCCUGCGCCGCUCCAGCCGCGGCUCCUUCACCCGCGGCAGCCUCGAGGACCUGCUCAGCCUGGACCCCGAGGCCCACCAGAGCUCCAUGUGGCUGGGCACCGAGGAUGGCUGCAUCCACGUGUACCAGUCCUCGGACAACAUCCGGAACAGGAAGAACAGCAUGAAGAUGCAACACGCUGCCGCCGUCAUGUGCAUCCUGUACCUGGAUAACCAGGUUUUUGUGUCCUUGGCCAACGGGGAGCUCGUUGUGUACCAGCGGGAAGCAGGCCACUUCUGGGACCCCCAAAACUCCAAGUCGCUGUCCCUGGGCUCGCCGGGGAGCCCCAUCACCAAGAUGGUGGCGGUGGCGGGGAAGCUGUGGUGCGGCUGCCAAAACCGAGUCAUCGUCCUCAACGGCAGCACGCUGGCACAGGAGCACACGCUCCAGGUGGGGCAGGACGGCGGGCGCAGCGUCACCUGCAUGGUGAGCGCGGGCAGCGGCGUGUGGCUCGCGCUGCAGCUCGCGCUGCAGGGCAGCGCCCAGGUCCGGCUGUACCACGCCACCACCUACGAGCAGCUGGCCGAGGCAGACAUCACCCCCCCGGUGCACAAGAUGCUGGCUGGCUCGGAUGCCAUCAUCCGGCAGCACAAGGCCGCCUGCCUGCGGAUCACGGCGCUGCUGGCGUGCAAGGAGCUGCUGUGGAUCGGGACCAGCGCCGGCGUGGUGCUGACCCUGGCGCUGUCGGCCAAGGCGGCGCCCACGCUGGUGGGGCUGUCCCAGGGCCACACCGGCCACGUGCGCUUCCUCACUGCCAUCGAGCUGCCCGACGGCUUUGACGUCCUCUUCCCACUGCCCAGGGACACGGGUACGUGGGGUGGCGGGCGUGUCCCAGUCGUGGCACAUUUCAGGAGCACUGCACAGUGUUCCUGGGGCUGGGAAUGCUGCACCAGCCUUCAAAUGUCGGAGUUCCCGCUCCAUUCUUGCCUUGUUAAAAUCAGGGUGAAAAACUGGCAGUGGAGGGUGGGGGGAACCGAGUGUUAAACUGCCCUCUACCAGCGUGAGCAACCCCAA